AAGCAUGUCCGACAUUUCCCGAGUAUUUUUGAGUGAUGGCUGUUAUAGCCACUGCUCGCGGCUUCGCGCCAAAUACAAAUCAUGGCAUUUCAUUUCUUGCGUUGAACUGUGGCUGGAAAAUUAACUAAAUAUGUCGAACGUGUGGUUAUGUAGUAUUUGUUUUGUUUUCUCAGCACUGACGCUGAAGGCCUUGUUAAGGCAUAUUACUUUGCAACAUGCAUCCCAUCCAAAUUUUAAGAUUAAAUGUGGAAUCAAUGGAUGCCCAGAGGCCAGAGCAGUAUAAUAAAAUGAAUUCUUUCCGAAGACACAUUCAUCGGAAACACGAGGAGGAAAUGUCUGCUGCGGAGACAUCCAAUUUGCUGCCAAACGACAGUCAGGGAGACAACCAUACACUUGAAAUGAGUAGCAACAACUCUUCGGAAACGUCGACUGAUACUGAUAGCGAGGAUGACAACCCAACUGUUGAGGUUGAUGUCAAUCAAACUGAUAAAGCUGUAGACCUCAAGCAAUGUUCUGCUCAGUUCUUGCUUAAACUUCAAGCACGGUCUAAGAUACCAAAGCUUGAGUAUGCCUUAAAAAAGAUAGACACAGGAAGAAAGAAAUAAUAUUGGAAUAGGCAAUACAGAAAUACAGAAAAAAAUAGGAUAAACAAUUGUUGCACCUUACAGUUUUACAGCAGCACUAUAAUUACAGCAAGCUACAGUGUAAGUUCAAACAGUACCUAUAAAUAAUUCCCAAUUUCCUCAAACUAAUUACACCUAAUUUAGCAAUUCCUGCAAUGUUGCCUUUUAAUUUAAACGACAUGAUGGAGUUAUACAGUAUAUGGCAUAACUCAAUUAUGCUGUUAUUAUUGUUAACAUACUAGUUUGUGGACAAGCUACAAUACCCAUGAGAAAUGACAAACUUUUAGUAAAAUUUAAUAACCUGAACAUGGACCUGAAAAUAAUAUUUCAUAAUGUUACAAAAGAGAGUUACCAAAUGUCAAAAGAUUCAUCAUUACAGUUCGGGCUAUCCUUGAAAAUUUAGUUUAGUCGCUAAAUUCAACGUACUUGAACAUAACUCUCCAGGUUGACUAAUUUGUAUCUCAGCAUUAUUAAAAAGUCCUAAAUAUUUAUCCCUUUUUGCACAAGUUGUCAUAUAAAAUCAUGUUCUACAGUGUUACAUAUAGUUAUUUAUUAUCAUAUUUUCUCUUUAAAAAUAGGUAAUGUUGAAUGGGAUUGUGGAAAGUACUAGCAACUUAAUUGAGCAAGUAAAAGAACACCUAAAACAAAAGGUAUUGAAUUGUGUAGAAAACGGUGCUGACAAAUUGACUGAGGAAUCCGUUGAAGAAAUUUUCAAUUCUUUCGAGGACCCAUUUAGCAAACUUAAAACAACUUACUUGCAGUCUUCAUUUUUGGAAAGCAGCGUCAACUUUAUCAAACCAAUCCAAUAUGUCCUGUCCACUAGAAUCACAUAUAAAAACAAGGGCUCAAAGCGUCUUAUUUGUGAACAAGAUGACACAAUGGUGUAUAUUCCCAUUCUUGAUAGUCUACAGCAACUCUUGUCAAAUUCAAAGAUAGCAGAUGUUAUAACCGCACCACGCCAAGUAUGCAAAGAAGGUUUUUUAUUUGACAUUUGUGACGGUGAAUGUAUAAAGCACAAUAGAAUCUUCAUAGAGCACCCAAAUGGAUUAAUAAUUAUUCUUUACCAUGAUGAGAUUGAAGUCUGCAAUCCGUUGGGCACACAUGUAGGCAAGCACAAAAUCGAUCUUUAUUAUUAUACACUUGGAAACAUUGGCCCCAAA